AGCGUAGAAUUGUGUCAGAGUUAUGAAACGAAAGAAACCAAAAACAGAAAUGGAAGAUUUUGAGAAGAAAUUAAAACUGACCGAAUCAAUGGAGAUUGAACCAACGGCAGAUGAAGAAGCAAACAACAAGUCCUCCAAAACUCUCCUUUUGCUCCGCAGAUUCCUCGCCGUUCAGCAGCGUAGAGCCCAAGCUUAUGCCAACCUUAAACGGGGCUUUUCGGAGUAUAUGGUUUCAGGAGGGGAAUUAGCUUACCAACAACUUUGCAGUGAGAUUACAGAGGAGUUCAAUGACUGCUCUAAACAAGUACUUGAAAUGGAAUCUUCAUUUCGAAAUCCUGAGUUUUGCCGAGUUGAUCUAGCUCAACUACUCAGAGCUGUUCAAAUGCAGGAAAAGCAAAAACUAAAUCUGACGGCAAGAAUUCAGGUACUGAAGAAGACUGGUCGUCCAUCAGAGCGUGUCGUGAACCAUGAGAACUGUCGAUUUAGGUCUCCAACAGAGCAUGAGUGUGUGCAUGUCCAUGAGAUAACCGAAGCAGCUGGAACUGAAGAAGCAGAAGCAGAUGCGGAGUAUGAUAAUGCUCUCAAGGAAGCCAUUAGAGGUGUUCAGGAUGCUGUGACUGCCAUAAAUGAACAUUUAGAAGAAGUAAGAUAUGAAAUUGCCGCACUUGAAUCUGAGUGACUUCAUUCAGUAUUUCUUUAGCUAGGUCUGAACACAUCUGGUAAGCGUCUGCAAGGCCUUAGAAGAAAGUGACAAACACAUUAGAAAGAAGAAAAAAAUGAUGAGAUGUUUUGUAUGGUAAAUUGGUUGGCAUAUUGUGUUUUUUUCAAAAAUUAAUGGAUUGUUUUGAGUUGAUUAUCAAA